GUCCCAGUGGGAAGAGAGCACAAACAGCUAAGAUGAACGAAGGUAUAACAAGCAGAAUUGUGGCUUUGCAGUUCUUCAUUCAGAUUGCAACCACAGCCAAGCUGGUAUGUUAUUUUACCAACUGGUCACAGUACAGAACUGGUCAGGGGAAAUACCUGCCAGAAAACAUAGACCCCUUCCUCUGUUCCCACCUGGUUUAUGCCUUCGCCAUCAUCAACCAUGCCAACGAGAUAACUGAAUAUGAGUGGAAUGAGAAAAACCUCUACAAAUCUUUCACUGAGCUCAAGAACAGAAACCCCAGAUUGAAGACUUUACUGUCGGUCAGAGAGGAGAACGAAGGAUCUCAGUUCUCCGUCAUGGUGUCCACUCCAGCUAACCGUCAGACAUUCAUCAAGUCUUCAAUCAGGUUCCUGAGGACUCAUGGAUUUGAUGGUCUGGAUUUGGACUGGGAGUACCCUGGAGCUGCUGGAAGUCCUGCAGAGGACAAGCAGAGGUUCACUCUUCUCUGCAAGGAGCUUUCAGAGGCCUAUGAAGCAGAGAGUGAAGGAGGAAGUAACACACAACUGAUGAUCUCUGCAGCCGUGGCUGCACAAGCAGAUAUUAUUGAUACAGGAUAUGAAAUCUCUAAAAUAUCAGAGUACCUGGACUUCAUCAGUGUGAAGACUUUUGACCUCCAUGGUGGUCAAGUGACAGCCCACCACAGUUCACUCUACACUGACAACAAAGCAAACAUAGAUUAUGUAAUGCGGUACUGGAUGGAGCGUGGAGCCCCAGCAGGGAAGUUGUUGCUUGGUUGUCCCAUUAAUGCUCGUUCCUUUACGCUCUCCACCCCGGCGACAGGCCUAGGGGCCCCAAUCAGUGGCCCUGCCGUUCCUGGGCCCUACACCCAGCAGAUUGGUGUCUGGUCUUACUAUGAGACCUGCUCCUUCUUGAAAGGCACCACAGUUCAGUGGCUCGAGGAUCAGAAAGUUCCCUUCGCAGUCAAGAGCAAUCAGUGGGCCGGCUUUGAUAACCAGAGGAGCUUUGAUGCUAAGGUGGACUAUCUGAAGAGCAGGCAGCUGGGAGGAGCUGCUGUGUGGACACUGGAUAUGGAUGACUUCUCUGGACAGUUCUGUGCACAGGGCAAAUAUCCGCUGAUAUCACAUCUAAAACGUAAACUCAGUGAAGACUGGCCAACACAGGAAACAACUCCUGCUGUAUUCCCCACAACCUCUCCUUCUGAAAACACACAACCCACACAGGAGCAAGUCACCACAGACAGCACCCCCGCCACAACAAAGACAGACAACGGCUGCUUGCAGAACAUCACCGUUGUGUAUCCUGACAGUAGAUUCUGCAUGCACAGAGUUGAUGGGUUGUAUGUAAAAUCAGACAAUCCAAUGACAUUCUACAGAUGCUCACAGAGGAAGACAUACAUCACAAAGUGCCACACUCUGGGAGCAGGCCACAGCAGUGCAGCAACAGCUAUAUCAUCAAAGAAUUUGAUUAUAGUCAGCUUUGCCAUAGCAAGUGUGUGGAGUAACAGGUGAUUUUGCUUUUUAUGCAUUAAGUUUACAGUUAGUAAGCUCCUGGUUUACUACGAAAGACCUUAUAAAGCUGUCAAGCAGGUCCUCUGAGACAAAUAAGAUGCAUUUUGAGUGAGUCAAGUAUGUAUUUUCAUAUAUAACCCAGAGUUUAGACUCAUGUUUAUUGUAGCUGCUAUGCAUUGUCAGAAUUUGUGUCAGACUCUAAGCUGAUAAUCUUUAAAGUUAAAUAUGUCUGUCACUCAGUAAAUCAUAAUUAGGUAACACUGUUUAAACA